AUGAUCGUGCCGUAUCUUCGCCUUCAGCGACCUCCCUGUCGACAUGCUCGUUCCGAAGCCUCGGCGGCCUCGCCCUUGUGUGGUCACAAGGUGCAGAAGCAGGUGGCCGGCUUCAGUCUGUGCACCCUCGCAACGAUGCUGGGAGCCAUGGGGCGGAAGCCCAGACAGGCCGGGCAGCCCGCGAAAGUUUCCAUUGACGUCAAGGGAAGAGAGAGCUUGGCCGAAGUGGCAAGUUGGCUCAAAGAAGGGGCGCAAGUUGUCAUCGCAGUGACCAAUCAAGGACUCGAGGGUCCUGUGGCACGAGAGCUGCAACAGUACCAUGAAGUUUCGAGUGUGGUUGUGUCGAACCGGCUGUAUUUCCAGUGGCGUGGAGAAGGACGCAGCCCGGCAGUACACGGUGCCAGCCGCCUCAUCGUGCUUUUCGGGCUGGUGCAGGGGCACGAGUUGGCAGAGCUGAGAGGAUGUGAAGAUGUUCAUGCAGCCUUUGCGCAAAUGGUGGAGGAUUCUGCGCGUGCUCGCCUGCGAUCGGUGCUUCCGGCCUACAUGUCGCGACUGGCAGAACGGGCGGAUGACCCUGGUGCAAAUCCUCGCGGCCGAAAGAUUCGCUUCACAGCCCAGUGCCGUGUAAAUUACAGUGGCACUGAGAAGCAAGCCUUCGGUGCCCGUGCAGACUGGGUCCAGCUCAAGCGUGCAGUGCGAAGCGGUCUCGAGCGCGCUACUUCCUGGGCUCUGGAGCCACGCGCAGCAGCUGCCGAGGUAAAUGCCGUGGCUUUCUUCGCAGCCGAUCACGUGGCGUUGGGCAUUGAGGUCAGGGAAGUAGAAACUUAUCUGGCGCCGCCGUUUUCCUGGAGUCGACUUUCCCGGCCGGGGAUGCAAACGCAGAUUGCAGGAGCCAUGGCCGCAGUAGCUGCGGAGUGCAUGAUGGAUGCACGCGGUGAGGACACUCGCCCAAGCAUCGUGGUUGACCCGACAUGUGGCAUGGGAACCUUGCUCCUAGCUGCAGCACGCAUCUGGCCACAGGUCAGUCAGUGUCCUCUAAAGCUUGUUGGCCGGGACAUGGACCGUGGUCAAUUUCAGAAAUGCUUGUCCAACUUCGCAGCUUGCUGCGUGGAUGCGUCAGACGUACGCUUAGGUGAUGGCAGGGAUCCGGCUGCACUUGCUGACAUUGCUGAUGGGUCAGUCGAUGCCUUGAUCUGCGACUUGCCGAGUGGAGCUGCGCAUAAGGCCAGUUCAGACGAGAAGCCUGUUGCUCAUGGCUGUGGACAGGCCAGGAGGACGUUGCGUGCUCUUGUCCAACCGGAAGCAGCUUCUUGCGAGGACGCGGCUUCGAGGGCCACAUUUCGAGCAUAUUUGCUGCGUGGCAUUGGCAGGUGCGUCCCAGUUGGCCCUUGGAAAGAAGUUUGCUCCUGGGUGAUGGGGCGCGGCGAGGUGACUGGGGAAGUUGCGACACUCUCCACCUGCAAUCAUGACGCAUCCUGCAAGGCGAACAAGUUGAAGUUUCUCUUGCUCGUACUCGAACGCCCGCUCCUUACGGAGGUCAGUGAAGUAGAUGGCGAGAAGGCUGCGCCACCAGCCAGGCAACCACACGCAGCAGCCUUGUUUCAACAGUGGCUCAAGAGCGAAGUUAACAUGGCUGCCACGUCGGUCGCAGCUACAGACAUGGAAGACUUGGCAGCGGCCAGAGCCUUGAUAGAGCAGGGUGUGGACUUGACUGAGUUGGACUCCGAUAACUUUAAUUCUGCACUCCAUUGGGCUGCUUGGAAUGGCUCGCACGUGCUCGUGACAGACCUGCUCAAAGCACGGGCUUCCAUCCACCAGGCGAACCAGGAGGGCCUACAAGCUGUGCAUCUCGCUACUCGUAAUGGAAGACUGUCCACUCUGGCCGUGCUUUGGCGCCACGAGCACGGAGUUGUCACCGCACGUGACUCGGAGGGUGGGACUGCUGUGCAUCACGCAGCCAACCGCGGCUUCAUCCACAUUCUGGAGUGGCUGUACUUGCGGGGGGCCUCUGUGAAGUCUGCUGACUCCUACGGGCUAACGCCGCUCCAUUGCGCGGUGAUGGCUGGAAACAUGCUGGCGACGCAGAUGCUUUUAAGGCGCGGCGCAGACCCUCUAGCGGUUGAUGCGAAACAAAGAACCCCCCUUCAUUGGGCUGCUUUUCAUGGCCGUGGUGCCCUUGUCGAGUCGGCGUAUGGAAUUCACCCGAGUUCCUUUGGUGGCCUCGCGGCCUUUGAAGUCAAGGACUGCCAAGGCAAAAGGCCGCAAGACCUGACUCGAUGUAUGGACAUUUGUAUGAAGGCCCACCUGGCUCAUGCAAAGGCAUGGCACAGCCACGCAAAGACAGGUCAUGUGAAUCGCUUCUCUCUGAUGAAGCUCAUGCCGCGGCAGCCUAUGACCCUCUUCAUGGUAUUCCUGACGCCCUGCUUGCACAGCUUGAACUCGUUCCUGCUGCUGUGCGUGUUGGUUACGCAGCUUCAUCGCCUCGACUGCCUGUCACCAAAUGCUGCCGGGCUGGCAGGACUUCAACUCGCUGGACAGCUAAUCUCCUUCAGGCUGUUUUGGCGGUCAUGCUGGUCUGACCCUGGAUAUUGCGCAUCACACAUGCCAGACAACGCAGAAUCUGAGCCAGAGCCGCAUGCCCGGAUGAUGAGUUGCUCGGAUGAGUAUGCACGACUCGCAUCGUCGGAGGAAACCGAGCUUGAGCCGGCAGGCUGGGGCAAGAAAGCCUGUGUAGUUUGUGGGAGAUUGCGGACAAAGCGCUGCAAGCACUGCAGGCAGUGUGGACGCUGUGUAGCAAGAUUUGAUCACCACUGCCCUUGGCUGGGCAACUGCAUUGGUGAGGGCAACCUGGGUGUUUUCUUGCGGUUUCUUGCAUCAACUCUCCUGUCUCUGUUGCUUGCCCUCGGGCUUGCCUUCGAAGGCCUGGAGGCAGCCGGCCAGGCACUGCAAGAGGUGGAGGUGCCUCUGUGGUACAAUGCCGUCAUCAUCUUGAUGGCCAUUGACGGUCUUCUCGUGCUUUUUGUUGGCUGCGUUUUCGUUCGACAGGUGUUGCUGGCAGCUGCAGACCUCACAGAGUAUGAAGACUCUGCAGGAGAUGGGGAGCACCUGUGUGCAGUUCUGCGGAAGACAAGUGCUCGGAACCUCCUUGCCAACUACUUGAAGUGGGUUCUCUUCGGCAGCAAAACCGGCCAGGAGACGCGACAAGGCUUGCAGCAGCUCGACAUUGAGGCACAGUUGAGCUGGCGGGGUGCAACACCGGCGGAGAAGCAGGAACCACAAAAGAUGCCCGGGUUGCAGCUUGAAUGGCAUGGAGGUCAUGUUCAGGUUUGUUGGAUUGGCAUGGCUGACAAAGUCAGACGACUUUACGACGCAAUUGUGAUCGCCGCCGUUUUUGCUCAGAAACUCAAUAGCGGGCCUUCAUGGGUGCACGCAGAUAUGCGCAAAGGCCAGAUGAGCUUGGGAGAGCAACAUGUGAGCAAGAUGUUGCAGAAAAAGGCGGAUCGCCCCAACACAUGGGGCUUUGCAGGUCAGUGGGGUGCUCCUGCUGCUGCGCCUGCUGCCGGCGGAGGGCCGCUGAUCCCGCCUGCGGGCUACAAGGGGGCUGCCCCUGCGCCUUUCAGCAGACAGUCGCAGCCAUGGCAGCAGCAGCAACAUCAGUCUUGGCAGGGCCAAGUGCAAAAGGAGGACACGGGACCACCUCAAGUCCUCAUGUUGCAGCUCUUCCAGGAUGACCUGCGUGGGAUGCAAAGUCAGGUGCAGAAGUUGAGAUUCAUCAUGAUACGGACUGCCGCUGCUGAGUUGUCUGGAGCUGGCAGAUGUGAGCAGUGA